AUGCCGUCUGCAAAAGCAUUGGGGAAGCGCAAGGCCCAACCGGAAACUCGACCUAAAGACAAGCACAAAAAGGUCGAGAAGAAGACGAAAUUGAGAGACCGGAAGACUAUACCUAUCCCAAAGAGCACGUACGAAGCGGGCGGCAGCGAAGACGACGAGCUAGAAGAUGACUAUGAGCUGGACGAUGAUUUGGGAGAUGUAGCGGGAUUCAUAUCUAGUGCAGACCCGUCUGCCUUGAGCAGGUCGAUCAAGGAGACUCGGCGACUGCACGACCUUGCAAAGUCUCGAGAACCGCUGCCGAAACAAUCCCGUAUCAAGCCAAAGCUACCAAGCCUAGGAUCAGCCUCUACGGGGUCUUUCGACUCUGAUGCUGAGUUCCCUUCAGAUCUAGAGGAUGUCUCCGACUUGGAGAGUCUGGAUGAUGACUCGGAGGUUGACGGCCUAGAUUCUAUGAGUAGUGACUCGGAUGCCGUGGAUUACCGUGAUCGGAGGAAACGCAAAAAGGAAGCCAACGAGGAAGCAGACUAUGAGCGUGCCGGGAGGCAGCGCAUGGAGCGCUCACUUUCGGUGGAAUCGGAUUCCGUUCAAGUCAGUCGUUUACCCAUUAAGCUGCCUUCUGGGCAGAUUCAAAAAGUUGAGGGAUCGACAAAGAUCACUUUGCCUCCGACGAAAAAGCCACGACCGCCAACACCGGAAUCCACGGAAGAGAGCGAAGAGGAGCUAGAGCCGACCACGGAGGAAUUGACUCAUCGAAUGGCGAGCCAAAAGGGCAAGUUCGGUCGUCUCGGGAUCGCGGAAAUCGCAGGACGACCCGGCUGGAAGAAUGCAGACAGACUGGCCGCGGCGAAAGAACAGAUCGCCUCGACAGGUGCAGAGAUCUUAGCUGGGGGCGAACUCAUCGACACAGCACCUCUGCUCACCCGAUUAUCCACGUUCAGUCUGCCGACAGUCCCCUCUCCUGACGAUGGAUCCAAGCUGCCUGUCCCUGCGUCCAUCAGAGGUCUAGCCUUUUUGUCUCUACUGGCUGUCUACAAAGACAUUAUCCCCGGUUACAGAAUUCGGCAACUCACUGCGCUGGAGGAGGCUGAGAAGGUACGAGACGAGGUCAAACGCCAACGAGAAGGAGAGAAGCUUCUCGUGAACACAUAUAAAGCUUAUCUAAAGACUCUGGAGACAGAGAUCAAAGCUCGGUCCACACUCGCAUCUCUCUGCCUCGGUUGCAUGUGCGAGCUCCUCACGGCGGUCCCACACUUUAACUUUUCGGAGAACAUCAUGGGAGUCUUGGUCGGUCGUGUGGCUCGCAAGACGUGGGACGACGAUGCCGAGUUGGUCUUUCAGACCGUCGUCAAAGUGUUCAAGGCAGAUGUCUCGGCGCACGACUCGCAGAUCUUGGUCCGACUCAUCGCUCGUAUGAUCAAGGAGCGCAAAUAUCAAGUUCAUCCAAAGAUACUGGGCUCUCUUCUUCAUCUGCGUUUGGUCAAUGAGCUUGACCCAAAACGCGAGACGAAGAGGGAUGAGCGAGAUCGCAAGGGCACCAAGAUGAAAGCGAAAUUUAAGUCCGAUGUAAGGGAGAAAUGGCGAACGAAGAACCAGAAGAAAAGGGACAAGGAGUUGAAAGAGAUCAAGAAGGAGAUGGCAGAGGCAGAAGCAGAGGUGAAUGAGGAGGAGCGAUCCCAAGUGCAAACUGAAACGCUCAAAAACCUCUUCGUCCUGUAUUUCUCCAUAUUAAAGCACCCGACCCCGACUCCACUGCUGGCCCCAGCCCUUGAAGGGAUCUCGCAAUUCGCUCAUCACAUCAACAUUGACUUUUUCAAAGAUCUCUUGGUCGUCCUUCGCAGGUUGAUAGUGGACGACGCGGACGACCUUGCGGCGAACCAGCGUGUCCGCUUACGAUUGAUCGCUAUCAUUACCGCCUUUGAUCUGUUGUCUGGACAAGGCGAAGCAUUAAAUAUUGACUUGACCGAUUUCGUCAACGCCCUCUUUGCUCUUCUUAGACCGCUCGCGCUUGACACUGGAAUCGAGGAUCCACCAGACGGCACAGUUCCAUCUCGACUGAAUGCUUCGACAUCCGCGCUUAUGUUUGAGUGUAUCGAGACGAUUUUUUUCUCCCGCGUCAACAAGUCUUCCAUGCCGCCUUGGCGUCUAGCAGCGUUCGCGAAGCGUUUGACAGAGUCUGCCCUACUCCUACCGCCCCAAAGUGCUCUCAAGGCCUUGGAAAUCGUGCGGACCAUGAUGAUCAAAGAGUCAAAAUUGGAAGGCAUGCUGGAUACCGAGGAGCGUAUGUUUGAUGGAGUGUACAAGCCGGAAUUGGAUGACCCGCAAUUGACGAAUCCUCUGGCGACGAGCUUGUGGGAAGUCGAGGUGUUGGCGAAAGAACAUUGGGACCGUCGUGUCAGGACAGAGGCCUCCAAAUUGCGGGAAGCAAAGUUCUGA